AUGGAGUGGUUGGCAGCCUGCACGAGCCUGGUUCUGGUGGGUUUGCUUGCUCUCGCAGUCCAGGUUCUCUACUUCUCUCCCAUAGACCCAAUCAUUGUCGAAAGGCCUCCAUUUUCGGCUUCUCCUUUCCCAGUCAACAACCAUUUACAGAAGGUCGUCAAGCUCGGUGAAGGAAUCGUCAAACAUCCCGAAGAUGUCUGUGUGGACAAACAUGGCACUCUCUAUACGGCUAGCAGAGAUGGCUGGAUCCUGCGAUUACACCCUAAUGGGUCCUGGGACCACUGGAAGAACACUCAUAGUCAUACCAUGCUCGGAAUUACUGUCACGACACAGGGUGAUGUCAUUGUUUGUGAUUCCGACAAGGGGUUGCUUAAAGUCUCAGACGAUGGUCUCACAGUCCUUGUCUCUCAAGUGAACGGAUCUAAAUUAAGGUCUGUAGAUGAAGUGGUGGCAGCUUCCGAUGGAAGCUUAUAUUUCAGCGUUGUGAGCACCAAGUACGAUGUGCACAAUUGGUAUCUAGAUUUGCUGGAGGCAAGACCUCACGGCCAAGUUCUCAAGUACAAUCCAUUCUCAAAUGAAACCAGUGUUGUUUUAGACAAUCUGAAAUUCGCCAACGGCGUUGCUCUUUCCAAGGACGAAGGCUAUCUCGUGGUCUGUGAAACUUGGAAACUUCGUUGUCUGAGGCACUGGCUGAAAGGAGAAAAGAAAGGCAACACACAAAUAUUUAUUGAUAACCUCCCCGGUGGACCUGAUAACAUUCAUCUUGCUCCUGACGGCUCUUUCUGGGUGGCUUUGGUUCCGAAGCCGGCUUUUGUGCUGUCUUCCAGCUCCAAGUUAUUAAAACACUUGAUGGCUUCAUUUCCAAAACUAAUCAGUGUGGUGGCACCGCCGAUUAAGAAGGCGAGUGUGGCAAAUGUGGGAAACGACGGUGAGAUCAUUCAAAUAUUGGAUGAUGAGGAAGGGAAGGUAAUGAGUUUGGUCACUUCAGCUUUUGAAUUUGAUGGCUAUCUUUACCUGGCAGAUCUCAAUUCUAACUUCAUCGCAAAAUUACCAUUACCUGCUGAAGCCAUGUCCGCCUAAUCAAUAAACUUUUG